AUGCCAAUCUCCACUUUACCUUCAGAACUACUUGUACAAAUAUUACAAAAUAUUCUGGAAUUUACAGAUACCUCGUCAAAAGACUUAUUAAACUGUUCGCUUACAUGCAAAAUAUGGAGUUAUUGUGCUUUACAGUUACUGUGGCACAAACCACUUUUAUUAAAACCACUAGCAUGGACUGAAUUUCAGAAAACAUUAUUGUUACCAGAGAAGACAACAUAUAUAGCUUAUGCUCCACUUGUGCGACGUAUUAAUCUAGCUGCCGUAUCAGAUUUUAUUAGCGAUGAUUCAUUAGAAACAUUAUCUGUAUGCAAACAAUUAGAUCGUGUGACUCUCACAGGUUGUUCUUAUAUUACGGACAGAGGUAUUAUCAAUUUCUUGAGUAAGGAUGUCGGUCAAUAUUUAUUGUCAAUGGAUCUGUCUGAAAUCAAAAACAUUACGGACGAAACAAUAUUCAUGAUUGCAAAAACUUGUAAAAGGCUUCAAGGUUUAAAUCUAUCGAUGAACCCUCCUAUCAAAGAAGAAUGUACCGCAAUCACUGAUAAAAGUAUCGUUCAGUUAGCUGAAAAUUGUAGAGAUUUAAGAAGAAUUAGGCUCUCCAAUUGGAAGAAACUUACUGAUGUCUCAAUCACUGCUUUAACGACUUACUGUCCAACUCUAUUGGAAAUCGAUGUCGUUAAUUGCUCAAUCACAAACAAUUCUUUGAUACAAAUAUUUUCCAAAUGUAGAGAAUUGCGUGAACUAAAAGUAAAUCAAUGUCAAUCUAUCAAUGACCUUGCCUUCACUAAAUCUUCACUGGCAACUAUACCCAUCGGAAAGGAAAUAUAUUAUGAUCAGCUCAGAAUAUUGGAUUUAACAAACGUAGUCAUGAUUACUGACAACACCAUUGACUGCAUCACACAAGCUGCACCCAAAAUUCGAAAUUUAAUAUUCAACAAGUGUGUGAACAUCACGGAUAAAGGCAUUGAAUAUUUAGCUCGCCUGGGGAGAUAUUUGCACUACAUUCAUCUUGGCUCUUGUCGACUCAUAACCGACGAAUCUAUCAAACAUCUUGCAUCAAAUUGUACAAGAAUUCGAUAUAUUGAUUUGGCUGCGUGUCAUAAUCUGGGUGAUGACACCGUGAUUGCAUUAGCAGCGUUGCCUAAACUGAAACGAAUUGGCUUGGUCAAAUGUAAUCGUAUCACUAAUCGUGCCAUUAUGGCUCUGACUAGAAAUUCCCGGACAAGCGUAUCUUUGGAACGUAUUCAUCUAUCGUACUGUGACCAACUGACUGCUCAAGCUAUCUCCGUACUCGUCAUUCAUUGUAGAAGAUUAACCCAUCUCAGUUUAUCGUUCGUACCGGCUUUUCAACGUCAGGAAUUCCAACAGUUUUGUAGACCUCCUCCAAAAGAAUAUAAUGCGGAUUAUCAAAGAGCUUUCUGUGUAUUUAGUGGACCAAACCGAGCAGAAUCGAUGAAAUCAAUGACAACAUGCAUAGAGUUCAUACUGUAA